GGUGGUCGGUACACUGAUGGCGCUCCUAUGGAAAUCCGCCGCGUGGCUGGUGGUCUAGUGCGCAACGUCGACAGAAGAGGAGAGAUCGGCCGCUGCCCGCUGUCCCGACUCCUGAGAGGCUGAGAGGUUUGAGAAUUGAGAGGUCCCUCCCUCCCUCCGCAGGCAAUGCCGACCAGCCAAGUUAUUCUCGUCGUCCGACGAUCUUCUUUGUUGUGCUUCUAGCCAGGAUAAAUUGUCGCUGCGGAAAUGAGAGCAUCAUCCGUUCUCUCCCAGAUGGCUCUCUGCCGCAGGAGCCUCGUAGGUCGCGGAUCCCUGUCGCUCCGUCCCACGACCGGAGGAGCUCCAUGUCGCUACUGCCACCAAUCCCGGAGCUUUUCCGAUCGCCGGUCGGGCCCACUCGCCAUCUACAGGAGAAUGGUUAGUGAAGGGAAACUUCAGCAAGAUAUGUAUCAGGAAAAAGUUGCCUCCGAGUUAGAAGAUUUGCUUGGAAGACUUGAGCAGUAUGAGAAGGAAAUGGAGGGUUACCAUGAAAAACUGGUCAUUUGGGAGAAGAACAGAGAGAGUGAGAGGCGCAAGCUUCUUUUGGAGGAGGCCGAGAUUAAACAACAGGAUGGUGUAUGGAUCGAAAACAAAAAAAGGAGUGGGUUUCUCAACAAGUUGAUCUCACGGAGAAGAAGUGCAGAUGUAGAACCUGGAGUGGGGAAAAUGGUCUCCUACCUUAACAGAGAGAAGAAGUUAGAUACAGUAGUUGGUCAGCGACCAGUAGCCCCUCUAGCGCCAAAAGGAAUAUAUCUGUACGGGAAUGUUGGCAGUGGAAAGACUAUGUUAAUGGACAUGUUUUAUGGUGCUACUGAAGGUAUUGUUAAACAUAGACGGAGGUUUCAUUUUCAUGAGGCCAUGCUUGAGAUACAUGAACAUAUGCAUGAUAUAUGGAAAAACCAGGCCGAGGAAAAGUCUCUCCAGUCUAGUGCUUUUAGUUGGAUAGCUGGCCUCUCAUUUGACACAAAAGUUAAAGAAUGGUUAGUUGGAGAAGAGAAAUAUAAAAAAGAAGUUCAAACAAAGCAUAUUCUUCCUGCUGUUGCGGAUAAAUUUCUUAUUGAUAGGCGAGCAGAUAAGAGUGGUGCAAGCAUUCUUUGCUUUGAUGAAAUACAGACCGUUGAUGUAUUUGCAAUUGUGGCCUUAUCUGGAAUUAUGAGCAGAUUAUUAAGCACUGGAACAGUUCUUGUUGCUACCAGUAAUAGAGCCCCUGAGGAUUUAAAUCAGGAUGGCAUGCAGAGAGACAUCUUUCUUGAAUUUUUAUCCACAUUGGAGGAGAAUUGCCAGAAAUUUUUUGUUGGAAGCAAAACCGACUAUCGCCGCCUAAUUCCAACCAAUAAUGUGGAUCAGAUUCACUAUUUUUGGCCUUCCAAUUCCAAUACUCGGAGAGAAUAUGAAUUAAUGUGGCACGAGAUCACUGCGAAAACUGGAGGAUAUAUUACCUCUACAACCAUUUCGGUGAUGUUUGGGAGGUCUCUAGAGGUUCCCGAAAGCUGUAAUGGAGUAGCAAGAUUUGACUUUGAGUAUCUCUGCGGCCGCCCAGUUGGGGCAGCUGAUUAUAUUGCAAUAGCUAGAAACUAUCACACAGUUUUCAUAUCAGAAAUUCCAGUGAUGAGUAUGAAGAUUCGUGACAAGGCACGAAGAUUUAUCACCCUCAUCGAUGAGUUGUACAAUCACCAUUGUUGCCUUAUCUGUUUAGCUUCUACUUCUAUUGAUAACUUAUUUCAAGGAACAGAAGAAGGGACUCUUUUUGACUUGGAGAGCUUUCAAUUUGAAACAGAGAUUGAGGGUUCAAAACUACGGCGAGAUGUUUUAGCAUCAGGUAGCAUCAGUACAGGACCUACUCUUUCUGGAAUUGCAUCUUUAUUAUCUGGUCAGGAGGAGUUAUUUGCAUUCCGCAGGGCAGUGUCUCGAUUGAUAGAGAUGCAGACUUCUUUGUAUCUACAAGGUGUUCAAGUUUUCCAUCCCUUCUAUCAACAGAGCAGGGCAUUGCGAUCAAGUCAUUCUGUUAUUCUCCAGUCUCCGCCAUCCUCUUGAGUAUCGAAUACACUGUUCUGUGGCUAAAAAUGCGUUGUAUAUCUGCUCGUGGAAGGACGAUAUGUCAGGUCGUACAAUAAUAAAAAGGGAGUGCUGCAGUAUAUUGGUGUUUCCUUUCCCCUCAAACUCAGAAGUGACAAAAGUAGUCACUUAUUCUUGUGAUUCUUCCGAAGAAAUCAGCAAUGAACAAUGCUGUAGACCAGAGAGUCUGAAACAUUUUAAUCAAUAUACGGAAAUUCUGCAUUGGGCAGAGUCUAAUGCAAGAGUACUUUCCGCUCCUAUGGUUUGGCAUUUUUUUAUUUUAGUA